CGGGCUCAUUGUGGAUCGUCGCUAGCUGGCGAUCGCUCGAUUCUCGAGUAAGUUUGUGAUUGUUCCAAAAUGAAGAAGAUCUUCUUGUGUACAUUUAUCUUACAAUUUGCCCUGCUUAUCAGUGCCACCGGGUUCUAUUCGGUGGUUGGGCCUGGCACCAUCCGCUCCAACUCCAAGUAUAAUGUCGCCGUCUCCGUCCACAAGGCAGAUGGACCUAGUCACAUAAAAGUCAGUCUGAACGGACCCUCCUUCAAUGAGACCAAGGAAAUCGAAGUGUCGCCAAUGUCCACGAAGAAUGUGGAGUUCGAGGUGCCAAAUCUGGCCACUGGGGACUACAACCUGACCGCCGAGGGUGUAUCCGGGGUGGUGUUCAAGAACUCUACCAAACUAAAUUAUGCCAACGAGAAGCCCUCGACCUUCGUUCAGACCGACAAGGCCACCUACAAGCCAGCUGACCUGGUGCAAUUCCGCAUCCUCUUCCUGGAUGAGAACACCCGACCCGCCAAGAUCGAGAAGCCCAUUUCGGUUGUGAUUACCGACGGGGCCCAGAACAGGAUCAAGCAGUUUACGGACGUCAAGUUGACCAAGGGAGUUUAUUCCGGGGAGCUCCAACUGUCCGAGCAACCUGUCCUGGGCACCUGGAAGAUCUCGGUCAGUGUGGAUGGCGAAAACAGGGCGAGCAAGAACUUUGAGGUGGACAAGUACGUGCUGCCCAAGUUCGAGGUGACCAUAGACACCGCCAAGGACGUGGUGAUAGCAGACCAAGUGAUCAAGGCGACUAUCAGGGCCAAGUACACCUAUGGAAAGCCGGUUAAGGGAAAGGCAACUGUUUCAAUAGAGCAGACCAAUCGCUAUGACUAUAAUACACCAAUAAAGCAGGAGACGACAGUCGAUGUGGAUGGAAAGGGUCAUGUAGAGUUUGAUAUUAAGUACCUCCAAAACCGUCAUUGGAACCCACCCAUGCGAAUCUUUGCCGUUUUAACCGAGGAACUGACUGGAAACCAACAGAAUGGCACUGCCACAGUAAACCUGCAUCGGGAUCGAUAUAAGAUUGAAGCCGUUGAAAAGCCCGAAUACUUCCAUCCGAACAAGUCGUUUGUCUAUCAGGUUGUGGUGAAGAAUGUGGACGGAUCUCCGGUUACGGGUUCUACGAAGAAGGUCAAUCUGGCCUUCGAGAAUGGCUUUCGCUUUUUUUCGGAACCUACUGAUGGAACUGGUCUAAUUUUUGAUGCCCCGUUGAAUGAGAACGGCAUUGCCACCUUUACUGUAACGCUGCCCUUUAACGGGUUAAGUCAAUAUCGCGUAGAAGCCAUUUUUGAUGGAACUCGGAGCCACUUGGGAAGCCUGGCUAAAUACCAGCCGGCCAUAGACAACAGAGAGCCCCUUAAGAUUCAAAUUAACACUAAAACUCCUCGAUUGGGCGAGCGAGUUUCCUUUGAUGUGAAAUCAAAUACGGAUAUUCCCUACUUUGUGUACACAAUUGUGGCCAGAGGUAACAUUUUGAUCAGCGAAUACGUGGAUGUACCCGAGGGUGACAAGACCUACACGGUUAAGUUUACUCCCACCUUUGACAUGGUGCCAUCGGCUACGAUCUACAUCCAUUAUGUCAUCAACGACGAUCUGCACUUUGAGGAGAAGAGCAUAGAGUUCGAGAAGGAGUUUAGUAACUCGAUUGAUAUCUCCGCUCCUGUCAGUGCCAAGCCCAGUGAAGAAGUUAAGCUGCAAGUGAAAACCGAUCCAGACUCCUUUGUGGGCCUUCUGGGAGUGGAUCAGAGUGUCCUGCUCCUCAAGUCUGGCAACGAUCUCAGCCGAGAUGAUAUCUUCAAUAGUCUCAACAAGUACAAGACGUCGACACCCUGGCAGCGGGGUUACGGAAAAUAUCCAGGUCAAACCUCUGGCUUGGUGACACUAACAAAUGCUCAUUAUCCAUACUCCCAAGAACGCUUUCAUCCCUGGAGGCACUACGACUACAAUGUACCUUGGAUGUCAAAUCGAAUAAUUGUUGGCGGAAUGCCAAUGCUUGGUAGAGGCGGUGUACCCGGUAGCGCAGUCGCUUUCAGUGCUAUGCCUGCGAUCCAACCGCUCAUGGUUGGGGGAGCAUUUCCACAAAGGCCUAUAUCACCACCAGCAGUCAUUCGCAAGGAGUUCCCAGAAACUUGGAUAUUCGCCGAUGUGGAUGGAGAGGGCUUCUCCUUGACCAAGAAGAUCCCGGACACGAUUACCUCUUGGGUGGUUACUGGCUUCUCACUGAACCCCACCUCGGGUAUUGCCCUGACCAAGAACCCCAGCAAGAUUCGAGUGUUCCAGCCAUUCUUUGUGUCCACCAACCUUCCGUAUUCCGUUAAGAGGGGCGAAGUGAUUGCCGUUCCCGUUGUGAUAUUCAACUAUCUCGACAAGACUGUCGACGCGGAGGUCGUUAUGGAUAACUCCGACAAGGAAUAUGAGUUCACCGAGGCCACCAAUGAGGUCUUGGAGAAGGCCAUUGAUGAGGUGCGUCGCGUCAAACGGGUUACGAUCCCGGCUAACAGUGGCAAGAGCGUUUCCUUCAUGAUCCGACCGAAGAACGUGGGAUCCACCACCCUCAAAAUCACGGCUACCUCGCCACUAGCGGGAGACACCAUCCACCAGAAAUUGAAGGUAGAGCCAGAGGGAGUCACACAGUUCGAGAACCGGGCGGUCUUCAUCAACCUGAAGGAUCAGCCGGAGGUUUCCCAGUCCCUGGAGGCGGAGAUACCCGCCGAAGCUGUGCCUCAGUCCGAGUUCAUAGAGUUUUCUGUGGUGGGCGAUCUGCUGGGCCCCACGCUCCAGAAUCUUGACAACUUGGUGCGCAUGCCUUACGGCUGCGGAGAGCAGAACAUGGUUAACUUCGUUCCCAACAUCCUGGUGCUAAAGUAUCUGGAGGUCACCGGCCGACGCAUGCCGGCUGUCGAGACCAAGGCCAAGAAGUUCCUGGAGAUCGGCUACCAGAGAGAGCUGACCUACAAGCACGAUGACGGGUCCUACAGCGCCUUUGGCAAGUCGGAUCCCGCUGGAAGCACCUGGCUCACCGCCUACGUGAUGCGCUCCUUCCACCAGGCUGGGAAGUACACUGAUGUGGAUCCCAAGGUCGUGACCGCAGGCCUCGACUUCCUCGCCUCAAAGCAGAAAGAGAGCGGCGAGUUCCCAGAGCUGGGAAAGCUCUUCGACAACUCAAACCAAAAUGCCCUGGCACUCACCUCGUUCGUCCUGCUGGCCUUCUUCGAGAAUGAUGAACUCAUUCCGAAGUACCAGAGUGCGAUCGAGAAGGCGGUUCGCUAUGUGGCCGAGGAGGUGGACAAGACGGACGACCAGUAUUCCCUGGCUAUUGCCGCCGUUGCUCUUCAGCUGGCUAAGCACCCGCAGGCGGAGAAGGUUUUGGCCAAGUUGGAGGGAGUGGCUCGGAAUGAGAACGAUAGGAAGUGGUGGUCCAAGGCUCCAGAAACGACUGGGGAGAACAGCCGUAUCUUCCACUGGAAGCCACGCAGCAAUGACGUAGAGAUCACCUCCUAUGUGCUGCUCGCUCUGCUCGAGAAGGAACCCGCGGAGAAGGCCCUGCCCAUCAUCAAAUGGCUGAUCUCUCAACGCAACAGCAACGGAGGGUUCUCCUCCACCCAGGACACUGUGAUUGGUCUGCAGGCCCUGACCAAGUUCGCCUUCAAGACUGGCUCUGGAUCUGGCACCAUGGACAUCGAGUUCGUGUCAUCGCCGGAUGGCGGAUCCAAGGAAUCGAUCGCUGUGAACCCGGAGAACUCCUUGGUAUUGCAGACCCAUGUGCUGCCGAAAACCACUCGCAAGGUGGACUUCACGGCGAAGGGCUCUGGAUCUGCGAUGGUGCAGUUCUCGUACCGCUACAACCUGGCCGAGAAGGAGAAGAAGCCAAGCUUCAAGGUCACGCCCACGGUCAAGGACUCGCCUAGCCAACUGCUGGUGGUGGACAUCUGCGCCGAGUACAUUCCUCUGGAGGAAGGCGACAAGGACAAGGACUCAAACAUGGCUGUCAUGGAGAUCGCCCUGCCUUCCGGUUACGUGGGAGAUGCCGACAGCCUGGGCAAGAUCGAGGCCGUGGACCGCGUGAAGCGGGUGGAGACCAAGAACGCCGACUCCACGGUGGUCGUCUACUUCGACAGCCUGACUCCCGGGGACGUGAGGUGCCUGCCAGUGGAGGCCUCCAAGGCUCACGCGGUGGCCAAGCAGAAGCCAGCCUCCGUCUCCCUCUACGACUACUACGACACGGAGCGCAAGGCCACCGAGUACUACCAGGUGAAGUCCUCGCUCUGCGACAUUUGCGAGGGCUCUGACUGCGGAGAGGGCUGCAAGAAAGAAUAGUUGGUAGAAAAUAAAUAAAAUGUAGUUUGUUUAGCAGACUAUCUGUAAAAGUCGGUUGCUUGAGAAAACUGUAAUACAAAUAAAAUGGUUUUAAAGAUUAAAUUGUUUGAGAGUUAAUUAUUCAGUGUAUAAGCACAUUAAAUCAAUAAAAGAAACCUGCAAUGA